AUGCCGGGCUCUACACCCGCGGUGGAGCCACCGCCGUUCCAGGAGGCCGCGCAUUGUGACGUCUGUAAAUGUGGCUUCAACGCCUUCCGGAGGCGGGUAUGUCUCUCCUCGUGAGACGCUGUGCCUAUCCAUGGCGAUGCGAUGGAAAAUUCUCCUUUCCUGCUCCUGUUGGUCUCGUUUCUGUUUUUGUUUCAUUGGUGUUGGUAUUGUUUUGAUUGCGCUGUACCGUCUGAUCCCCUCUUGAAUUCACCUUCUCGGCUGUCGUACUAGAAUUGAAGGAAAAGAUGAACAGAGUGAAAAGGAUGGAGAACGGAGAGGAAUGGUAUCCAUUUAUCCGCGCAGCUGUCCAGUGCGUAAAAGUUCACGCAUGAGGGACAAUUGACAUGAGAGAGGGGAAGGGGUGGGGGACUUCCUUCGAGGUUAUUUAUUGAAAAAUGAGGAGAGGGUGCGCAGAGUCUGAAUAUCAGCUAUUCUGAAAUCUCCAUUGCUUUUUGAGCGGCCUUGAUAGAGGAUAUCCUCUCAUUCGAUGUGAAAACUCAGCUGGUAUCAAAACUUGGACGUUGAGUUGCGUAUAUCUUUUGAAGGUUUGGAAUCUGUGUCUGCAUCCGUAUGUCACACCGCUUCAAGGUACAACAAUGGCCUAUUAGAUAUUCCCCCGCCAUAUGGCAGUCGCCCUGGGUGGGAGUGGGGCGGGCAAUGAUUUAAUUUAGGUGUGGGAGCAUCGACGAGUGUAUUCCUUCAGGAACUGGAAAUUUUCAGGCUCCUUUGUCGUCAAAAACUUUAGGUGAAUAAAGGUUUUCUAAAUCCUUGUUUUUUAAAGAUCACUAGACUCUCAUCUGGCAUACCUCAGCUUGUCUUUUCUGGUGAAGUCUACACGUUAGCAAUGACAUUGUUAAAUAUUUCCUUACCUAAAUAAUUUUUUACGAUGUGGAGUCUGGUUAAAUUGCUCAAAGAAGAAUCCGAGUGAUAAACCAAAAUAUUUGCCUACUCAGUAUAAAUUUGAAGAAGUAUAGGGCUAGUGAUCUGCUUCUUAAAGAUGAUGAAAAAAUAUUUACUACGUUUAGAUUCUUUCAAAUAUUUUGGAACCAUAAAAGAUGAUUUGAUGCUGGGCUGUAAAGGUUUUGAAUAAAAAAAUCUGUCUUUUAAAGCAUUCAACAACAGCGUGAACCUUAUUUUGAUAGCUUAGAAUGAUGGAUUGUCCAAAUUCCAGACCCAGUAUCUUGCCGUUGUAAAUCACCACCAAAAUGUCGGCAUCAGGAAUGUGAUAUUGUAUUGGAUAUCUUGACUGCACACGACCAAUGUACUUUUAAGUAGGUCCAUUCGUAACAACUCUCUGUCAAUAUCGUGACAGGCUUCACUAUGAAAUGAGCUGGUUCAGAGAAGACUUGUGGGUAAAAGCAUUUCAAGAAUGUAGAAAGGAAUUUCAAGAAAAUAAGCGUCAAUUUGAUUAUGACAUGCAUUACUUAAUGAAGAUCCUGUGUCAAAAGGCUAAAGAGACACAAUCUCCUCUUUAUACUAUGAAACUGCUUCAGCUUGUUGGUGCUUUAUGUGAUGAUGAAGUUGAGCCCAACAUUUUAAGGAACUAAUUUUGUUGGAGACAUUGGAUUGCAUCCCUGAAUCAGUCGGCCUGCUUUGAUACAGAUCAGGAUUGAAUCAGUCCAUUCGUGGAUAACUACGAUGCAAAAACAUAUGAACAUUGCACAUUUUUUUAUUUUAAAAAUUAUUUAGCUAAUAAUUUUAGCUUUAAUAGAAUUUUAUUUUUGGAUUUACAUUAAGACUUUUUAUAUGUGAUACAUCAUGGUUGUUCUCCAAAUCGGAUGGUAAAAGCCUGGUUUUUAGCAAGACUAUUGAUAGCUCAGUGUUGCAUUGUGGUGAUCUUUUCUUGUGUUUUGCCUUUUUAGAUGGCAGGACAAGUUCGUUCCGUCAUGAUUCUGUUGGGGAUUCUAAUCUGUUUAGUGUACCAUCAUGUCAUGUUUAGAUAUAAAGGAAUAAACUUUUGAGGGUAACUUGUCGAUUUGAUAAUCUAUAGUAAAUGUCGAUAAAAUCUGUUUGUUUCCUUUGUUGUCUAUCCUGCUGUACAGCCAAAGUCAGCUUAAACAAUGUUUAACAGUUUUUUAGUUCAAGCAACCUGUAAUGUCUGUACUCAAUCCUACUAUUACUCUUUCGUGCAGCACCAUUGUCGAUGUUGUGGCAGGACACUGUGCCAUGAACACUCAUCAGAUCAAAUGGUAUAUGCAUUACAUUAUCCUUGUUCUUUCAGUGUUGUUUUCUGCCACGUUCUUAUUGGAAUACAUAUCCUCAACAUUUUAUGAUUUUUUUCAUUAACUGGAAAAUUACUGGGUUCUUUUCCAGGCAUUACCUCAGUAUGGGACUUACACAAAUGUCAGAGUUUGCUCUGAUUGCUUUAAUAAUUCCACUGGGUAAAUCUCCCUCAAUUCCAUCUUUUGUGAUUUCAAACGUUUUUUUACGAGGGUGGGUUUUCUUAUCAAUGCCUUAGAUGCUGAAAGUUAAACUUGCACAUGGUUACAGAUGAUUUAGUCUUUUCAUUAUUAACUAUGAGAAGUUAUUCUUCUCCAUUUGGUACAUAUCUUACCACAUCUGACAGGAAAUCGAUUGAAUUUCAUCAUAAGCUUGUAUGUUUUAUAUUUAAAAUCGAUUGAUAACUUUGUUUGGUACUACUGGUACCAACAAAAUUCUCUGAUGAUUGCUAAUGGUGCCAAAAAAUCACCUACUUUGAUUAUGUUCCUCCAAAUUGAGGAGAGUGUUCAAUGCUGAUGCACUGCGUCUUGAUCCUCUCUAGGUCUCCAAUUUUCGAUUGGCUAGUAGAGAUACAUUACAAGUCUGCGUUAUCACCACGUAUAUAUACCCGAUAUUACCGUACAAAUUUCCAGUUGAUCCUUUGAAGAAAAUUAUCUCGACUGCCUCAUUUUGGUUCUGACAUGACUGGUUUGGGUUUUUCGGAAACAGACAGGAAUAAGCAGCUGUCUUCGAACACUGUUUCAGGAUUAUGUCUUUCACUUGCGUAAAUGACCUUUGUGCUUCAUUCUCCUCGCAUUUGCUCAAACUUGGCCGUACUGAACACUCCAUUUUUGUCCAGUAGUUCUAUCUGGUUCACCCGUUUAAAUCGCUCUUAAGAUUCAAUAGGUCAUUGGUACACAUAUCCCAAGCGAUCGGGAGAAUAACAUGCCAAGUAUGGCUUGAGUGUCCCUCAGUCUUGGUUCGUCAUGUCGUCACCAACUGGAAAAUGCGUUACUUGAAAACUGUCUUAUCCAAACCUGAUUGCUUCAGAAACCUAGCUUCCAUUUCUUUCUUGCAUGUCAAACUAUGUAUCCGCCCUAAACAUAGAAAUAACUGUAGCCUUCAUGUCUUGAUCCGUUCCCUUUGUCUCCUUUUAUUUGUGUCUCUGUAUGUAGUCUCAGAUUCCUAGUUUGUCACUCGCUGUAUCUUCCUUUCAUAACAAUGCCCCAAUUGUAAAUCAAACACCAGGGGAAGGAAGUUUGGUGACAUUCUGUCAAAGCAUUUACAACUGUAGCAAAUAGGUCGGGCAUUAACUUCACUUCUGGUGGAGGCCUUAUCACAGAGAAAUAACCAGUUACAUUACACACCAUAGUUCUCAAUCACCCCUUCUUACAUGUCCCUAUGACUUACAGAUGUGUACUAGAUACUCCCUUUUUGCUUAAUGCGCACCACAGCAUGUUUCUUAGUUCUUUCUCUUUGACCCAUUUUGAGUGCAAUAAAACCGAGUGCGGUUCUAUGUUCCUUUUGGAAUUUCUUUAUCAUUUUUAAAUGCAAAAAUAUUGUGUCAAAGCCUUUGAAGAAUCCUCUCAGAUUAUUAUCAAUGCCGAUUUUGAUCUAUUGUGAGGUAAGAAUGUAGCUUGUCAUAAAUUUUCCGUUCACUAAACGAAAAUCAGUAUUGGCUCUCAUUAUUGCCCUUGAUGUGUGGCUAAUCAUUCGCCAAUACUUUUAUCUCACAGUUCUUGAUCUAAAAUCCCCGACAGUGUUUACGAUUGUGGGUAUCACCCAGUUUUUGAGCUCAGGCAACACUGUGCUUGCCCUCAUCUCAUCCUUUGCCCUGUUAGGUUGGCUUAAAAGGGUGAAUGUAGCCAAGUGAGAGAGUGACAACUGAUGACUGUCCACCGCAUUUAUAAAGACUUUAUCAUGAUCUGUUGAAAAACAUAGGCAAAGGGAGACCAAUUCUAGAGGGAGAAACCCUAGAGAACUUUCCCAAAAUACCCUCAGUCUUUUACAGUAUUUCCCAAAAUAUUCAUGGUUUCCCUCUCUUCUUUUCUAUAACAACCUUUUUUAUCUCUUGAAUUUUUUUGUAAAUUAGAGGUUUUUUCUUUGAGGUGCGGCAUGUAAUAGCAUUGACUUGACAUGCCUGCAAAUGUGUUCCUGCAUCUCAGACACAUGACAAUUGUUGCUUCUUGUUUUAGCCAAAGGAAAAAUGAGGCGCCAAGUAUUCCGAAUCUUGUCGCUGCUACAGCAGAGGAUAUUUCUAGGUUGGAUAUGGGUGUGGAUAUUGAUUCGAAGCCUCAAACAACCACCGUGGUAGUCCCCACUCAGAGUGCUCCAGAGUGCAAGUGUGGAAUGCCUCUGUGCAUAUGUACAACCGCGCUUCCAGACCCAGUACCCGAGGUGGCUAUCAUGCAGGAGAAGUUCUCUUACAUCCAUCUUCAUGGUCAUGUUCAUGUUCCCGUAUUUGAUUCAGCUGUUGCAGGUGAAGAUGGCAGAUGUCCCCCCCGUUCGGUCCAGUCCAAGACCAAUAAAGGCAAAUAACACAAAGAGAACGGCUGAAUCUGUUUCAAACAAUGUUGCUUCUUCCAGCAGCAAGCCGAGGUGAUUCUUCCAAUCUCUUUCGUCAUUUUUUUUAAUUUUUUUAUUAAUUUAAAAUUUGUAUAGCCGAUGAAAUGAGCAUGAAAUUUGACCUUGCUUUCUCCUUUUAUUAAAAAAUAUAUAUUUAAUGGUGAAUCUAAUGAAUAUUAACUUAAGUUGCAUCCACAUCAUUUUCUUCUCAAACUCCUGUUGAUGUUGCCUUUGGUGAAGUUGCAUAGUUUACGAUUUUUGGUAACCUUUAUUUUAUGGUCAACUCCGCAGUAUAUUUUUCAACAUGGGCCAACAAGCCAUCAGCAGGGUGGACCAAGAUCAUGGAAAGUAUGAAGUAAAUGGUGAUGUAUGUGGCAUCCUCUUGUGACUAAAUCAGGAUUUCUGAACCUUUCUGGGUCGUCCCCCCAUUUAUAGCAUCAUCUGCUGUUAUUUUAUUUUCAGGGUCUUAGAGAAGCCAUCAAAUAUAGCGAUGUUAAGGCUGUUAAGAGGCUUCUGGAUGAGGUGCACAGCCCCGUUACGUUACCAUUUUUUCUGACUGUUUUGAUUGGUAGCUGAGAUUCUCUCAUGAACAGGGUGUGGAUCCAAACUACCGCGACAAGCAAGGAUUGUCAUUGCUUCAUUUGGUAUGCUCUAAUUUUUGGAUUUUUUUCUUAUAAAAAUUGUGUUUUUUUUUCCAUUUUAAUCCAGCCUUUUUAUGGCUCAUUGAUUCAUUUUUAUUGAAUUCUAUUUCUUGUUUACUAUCCGUUGAUGAUUUUAUUAUAGUAUUUUUCUGCCCAUCACUCAGAUUCAUCCAUGAUUCAAGAUUAUAUGAAGACUUACUGAAUUAGUAAAAAAAAAUCCCACCUUGUUCAAUGUCCGUCGAUUAUGUUCAUAUAAUAUAUUUCUGCCCACCAUUCAUUCAGAUUCAUCCAUGAUCCAAGAUUAUAUGAAGAAUUACUGAAUUAAUUUUAAAAAAAAUCCACCUUUUUUAAUGACCGUCGAUUAUUUGAAUAUAAGAUAUUUCUGCCCAUCAUUCAGAUUCAUCCAUGAUUCAAGAUUAUAUGAAAAACUACCGAAUUAGUUAAAAAAAAAUAAAAAUCCACCUUGUUUAAUGUCCGUUGAUUAUUCUAAUGUAAUAUAUUUCUGCCCAUCAUUCAUUCAGAUUCAUCCAUGAUUCAAGAUUGUAUGAAGAACUACUGAAUUAGUAGAAAAAACAUUCAACCUUGUUUAAUGCCCGUCGAUUAUUUUCAUAUAAUAUAUUUCUGCCCAUCAUUUAUUCAGAUUCAUCCAUGAUCCAAGAUUAUAUGAAGAAUUACUGAAUUAAUUAAAAAAAAAAUCCACCCUUCCCUGCCCCAGGCCGCCCUCUUCAACCAGACAGAAAUCGCCUUCAUUCUCAUGGACCACGGAGCAAGUCUGGAAUCCAAGAACGCGCAAGGUAAUCUUCAUCUCUUUCCUCUGGAUCGAUUCUGACCUACCAACAUGAACCCUAGACUCCUCCUCAUCUGGUCAUGGAAUCCGCCAGCUUCUCCUCAUCUUGUUUUCUUCGCUGCGGAGGAUUAGAUUCCCUCUCUACCCCAUGCGCGUGGGCUUAGAAGAAGAUCAGCUGGUGCACCUGUCCUUAACCUAGAGGAUUUUCUUUGUGCUCUAUAGGGGAGACGCCUUUGGAUUGCGCCCCCACAAUGCUGCAGUACAAGAUGCGCCAGAAGAUGGGAGCGGGGCCUUGA